CUAUUAGAAAGUCAUUUCUUAAUCAAGCGUUUGAAUCACUUAACAUUAGAGGUUAUAUUGAAUGGAUAAAUACUAUAGAGUAAUUUUAUUUGUAUUUACAUCAGUGAACUGGUAAAAAUAUAAUGGCAGUUCCAUCAGUUUCAUUAUCAACGAGAAAUAAAAAGCAUUUUUUAGGUGUUCCAGCACCUUUAGGAUAUGUAGCUGGUGUUGGAAGAGGAGCAACUGGAUUUACAACUAGAUCUGACAUUGGUCCAGCUCGAGAUGCUAACGAUGUUUCAGAUGACAGACAUGCUCCACCUACAAAAAGAACAAAGAAAAAGGAAGAAGAAGAAGAAGAUGAAGAAGAUUUGAAUGAUUCUAAUUAUGACGAAUUUUCUGGAUAUGGAGGAUCAUUGUUUAGUAAGGAUCCGUAUGAUAAAGAUGAUGAAGAAGCUGAUGCUAUUUAUGAGGCAAUUGAUAAACGAAUGGAUGAAAAGCGUAAAGAGUACAGAGAAAAAAGACUUAGAGAAGAAUUAGAAAGGUAUCGUCAAGAACGUCCUAAAAUUCAACAACAGUUUUCAGAUUUAAAAAGAGAAUUGGUAAAUGUAAGCGAAGAAGAAUGGAAAAAUGUUCCAGAAGUUGGUGAUGCUAGAAAUCGAAAGCAACGAAAUCCACGAGCAGAAAAAUUUACACCAUUACCAGAUUCUGUUCUUGCACGAAAUUUAGGUGGUGAAACAUCCACUAGUAUAGAUCCAUCAAGUGGUUUGGCAUCUAUGAUGCCUGGCGUAGCAACACCUGGAAUGUUAACACCUACAGGAGAUUUAGAUUUAAGGAAAAUUGGACAAGCAAGAAAUACUUUAAUGAAUGUUAAAUUGAAUCAAGUUUCUGAUUCUGUAGAAGGACAAACUGUUGUGGAUCCUAAGGGUUAUCUUACAGAUUUACAAAGUAUGAUACCAACAUAUGGUGGUGAUAUCAAUGAUAUUAAAAAAGCCAGAUUAUUGCUGAAAUCCGUAAGAGAAACGAAUCCUAAUCAUCCUCCAGCAUGGAUUGCUUCUGCACGUUUAGAAGAAGUUACAGGAAAAGUGCAAGCUGCACGAAAUUUGAUAAUGAAAGGCUGUGAAGUAAAUCCUACAUCAGAAGACUUAUGGUUAGAAGCAGCUAGACUUCAACCACCAGAUACAGCUAAAGCAGUAAUUGCUCAAUCUGUUCGACAUAUACCAACAUCUGUUAGAAUUUGGAUAAAAGCAGCGGAUUUAGAAACUGAAACAAAAGCAAAAAGAAGAGUAUAUCGUAAAGCAUUAGAGCAUAUCCCAAAUUCAGUAAGAUUAUGGAAAGCUGCAGUAGAAUUAGAAGAGCCAGAAGAUGCGCGAAUUUUACUUAGUCGAGCUGUCGAAUGUUGUCCAACUAGUGUGGAUUUAUGGCUUGCGCUUGCUCGAUUAGAAACCUAUGAUAAUGCCAGAAAAGUACUUAAUAAAGCAAGAGAAAAUAUUCCAACUGAUAGACAAAUUUGGACAACUGCUGCUAAAUUGGAAGAAGCAAAUGGGAAUAAACAUAUGGUUGAGAAAAUUAUUGAUCGUGCAAUAUCUUCUUUAAGCGCAAAUGGUGUAGAAAUUAAUAGAGAACAUUGGUUUAAAGAAGCUAUGGAGGCUGAAAAGGCUGGAGCAGUACAUACAUGUCAAGUAAUAGUUAAGGCAAUUAUUGGUUUUGGAGUAGAAGAAGAGGACAGAAAACAUACAUGGAUGGAAGAUGCAGAAACUUGUGCUCAACAAGGCGCGUUGGAAUGUGCUAGAGCAGUCUAUGCUUAUGCAUUGUCGACAUUUCCAAGCAAAAAAUCGAUUUGGUUACGUGCUGCUUAUUUUGAAAAAACAUAUGGAACACGAGAAUCUUUAGAAUCUUUGCUUCAAAGAGCAGUUGCUCAUUGUCCAAAGAGUGAAGUACUUUGGCUUAUGGGUGCAAAAUCAAAAUGGUUAGCUGGAGAUGUUCCAGCAGCAAGAGGUAUAUUAUCACUUGCAUUUCAAGCAAAUCCAAAUUCGGAGGAAAUUUGGUUAGCAGCUGUAAAACUAGAAUCAGAAAAUUCUGAAUAUGAAAGGGCUCGACGCUUGCUUGCGAAAGCACGAGCAUCUGCACCAACUCCUAGAGUGAUGAUGAAAAGUGCAAAAUUAGAAUGGGCUCUGAACAAUCUUGAUGCAGCUUUAUUACUUCUAAAGGAAGCACUAGAAGCAUUUGAUGAUUUUCCAAAAUUAUGGCUAAUGAAAGGACAAAUCGAAGAACAACAAGGAAACUUGGAUAAAGCUUUAGAAACAUAUAAUCAAGCUAUAAAAAAAUGUCCGAAUUCUAUUCCAUUGUGGCGUUUAUUAGCACAAUUAGAACACAGAAAAGGUCAAGUUACUAAAGCUAGAUCAGUUUUGGAGAAGGCUCGCUUAAAAAAUUCAAAGAAUCCAGAACUUUGGUUAGAAGCUAUCAGAAAUGAAUUGAAGACUGGUGGUGUUAGAGAUAUGGCAAAUACACUUAUGGCAAAAGCACUUCAAGAAUGUCCAACAUCUGGUUUACUUUGGGCAGAAGCAAUUUUUAUGGAACCUCGACCGCAAAGAAAAACAAAAAGUGUAGAUGCUUUGAAAAAAUGCGAGCAUGAUCCUCAUGUGCUUCUUGCAGUAUCUAAAUUAUUUUGGUGUGAACAUAAAAUUUCGAAAUGUCGAGAUUGGUUUAAUCGAACAGUUAAAAUAGAUCCAGAUUUAGGAGAUGCUUGGGCAUAUUUCUAUAAGUUUGAACUUUUAAAUGGAACAGAGGAACAACAAGAAGAUGUAAAAAAAAGAUGUAUUGCUGCAGAACCUCAUCAUGGUGAAAAUUGGUGUAAAGUUUCCAAAAAUAUAGUAAAUUGGUGUUUAAGUACUGAUCAAAUUUUAGUAUUAGUUGCAAAAGAUUUACCAAUUCCAAUAUAAUAUUUGAUGAAUAAUUUAAAUUAAUAUUACAUAUAGAUAUUUUUUAAAAAUUAGCUAUAACUGAAUAAAUAAUUUAAAUGUAAAAUUUUUUUAAAAUUAAUUUUUAAAAUUCACUUUUAAUUUCCAUUUUACUUAAAUAUUUUGUCUCUUAAUUUUUUAUAAUAUAUACAUGCAUAUUUUUUUAACAAUUUAAGAUAUUUCAAUUUCAAAGCCAUUUCUUAAGCACAUAAAUUUUAAUAAGGAGAGUAAAUAAUAGGAAAAAAAUAAAGAUAGAAUAAAAAUGUUAAAAUCAGCAUUAAAAUCAGUUUAUGUUCAAUGUUUCAAAUUAAACAAAGAAAGAAUAAAAAAUAGUGAGAGAAGAACAGAGAUAAGGUAAGAAUAAAAAUUGACCAUCAGUGUCAUCUUUUAAGUACCAAAAAUAUUUUUUUAAAAAAA